AUGUUGUUUUAUCUUAUUGGGACUACAACACCACCCUCGCAUCGCACUCCAGUUGACAUGGUAGACAAGAUCCCAGUAGAAACAAUUGCCCGUAUUUUGCAAAUAUCUUCUUUUCAGCAUGACUCCACAAAGAUUACUGCAGAAACUUUAAUGAUGUUGCAAGAUUACAUGGAAAUUUUAGUGCGAGAAGCUGUUCUUAGGUCGAUUGCUAACAAAGAGGAAGCAGAACAGGAGGGUCUAAACCGAAAUAUGCAACACGCCCGUCUCAAACACGAAAAUGAGGGAAUGCUACUGACCCAUCGGGAUUUAGAAAGAAUCGCAGGCCUGCUGCUACUUGAUAUGUAA